ACCGUGUCCCAGCAUGCUCUGCGCCCCGUCGCUGGGUUUGGGACCCCCGCGGAUAGUCUUGGGGUGCGGGCGGCUGAGUGUGGGAGAUUCUCGGGGGGGCGCCAGGGACGGUUGGCCGCUCGUAGGCUGCGGAGACCGCGAAGGCCAUGGCCGCGCCGGCUCAGUUACCUCUGACUUUUGAAGAUGUUGCCAUUUAUUUCUCGGAGCAAGAAUGGCAGGACCUAGAGAUGUGGCAGAAAGAGCUUUACAAGGGUGUCAUGAGGACCAAUUAUGAGACGCUUGUCUUUCUAGAGUAAGUUUUCCAGACCCUACCUAUGGAUUCUUUUCUAAGACAUUACAUUGUUUUCACUGUUACCAAAGAAUCCAUUAAAGACUUUUCAUGGCCUGUACACUGACCCUAAAGAACAUGGAGGAACAGAGGAUCAGGAACCAUCAAGAACCCCCUGGGAACCAGAGGGAAGGUGACUGUCCUGUCAGCUACCAUGACUUCCGGUGUUAGAGAUGGGACGAUGGCUGCUGGUUGUUGGGAUGUGAAGCAGAUGCACUUGUGAGAACACAGCUGACUGGAUAUGUGGUGACGGAGACGUGCUCACACUGGAGUGCAGCCAUGCCUGAGUGGCGUGCCAGUGAGCAGGAGAAGGAACAGAGGGAUUGGGACCGGCUCGUCCUUUCCCACAGCAUCCAGUGAAUGAGCUUUGUUUCAAAAUGGAGACAUCUCAGACACAUAAUUUAAGUUACAGAAUGACAUGAUGGUGCACUUUCCAAACCGGAACUAAUUUCCUGGAUUGAACAGGGAAGAGAGCCCUUCAGGAGCUGGGGAGAAUCACAACCACCAGGAAAUAUGGCUCUCCCCUCUGCUGACCUGCAUUUUGAUCCAGUGAUUGGGGGAGAUCACCAAGCUGUAAAAUCAAGAGAAACUAAAUGUCAUUUCCAAUUAGAUCCUCUUCAGAGCCCGUCUUCUUCCUUUGAAUCCAAAUUGUUAGGAGAAAGGCCUGACCCAGCCCUCAACCGCCCGAGUCCAAAGAGACAAAACACACGGGCACUGCCUGCAGUGACCAGCGAGUCUGCCCAAAAAGAAAGGAUCCCAAGUCACAGUGUUCUGGGUUUCCCUGGCUCUGAGGAAGCCCCUUCCCGGCAAAGCACUCAGCACCCUUGCUCUGCCUUUGGGGAAAGCUUCUGGGAGAAGAACCACUUAGUAAGGCAUCAGAGGAGCCAUUCCAAGGACCUGUCACCUAGGGAUAGGGCCUGGAGGAGGGCCCAGGGGCGCUUCUUCUGCCCAGAGUGUAGGCAGAGCUUCCGCCUGCAGCGGUGUUUGUGGAGACAUCUGGCCGCCCACGGGAGGAAGAGCCCAUUCCAGUGCCCCCAAUGCAAACUGUGCUUCCAUCAGGAGCAGACCCCGCUCAGCCACAGCCUUGGGCACAAGAGGGAGAAGCCUUCCCAUUGCCGGAAGUGUGGUGAGGGCUUUACCACACAGUGCGCGAUCAAGGAGCGGCCUUUCCCGUGCGCCCAGUGCAGCAGGAGCUUCCGCCAGCAGGGACAGCAGCUGCACACGGUCGAGAAGCCCUUCCAGUGUCCGCAGUGCACGCUGAGUUUCUGCUUGCCGAGCGCGCUGAGCACCCAUGCGCGGCAGCAUUGCCGGGAGUGGCCCUUUUCCUGUGGCGAGUGUGGCCGGGGCUUUGCGCACCCCUGCAAGCUCCGCGAGCACCUGCGGGUGCACAGCGGGGAGCGGCCCUUCGCAUGCCCGGAGUGCGGCAAGUGCUUCCGCCUCAAGGGCAUCCUGAAGGCGCACCAGCGAAUACACAGUGCCGAGCGCCCCUUCUCGUGCCCACAGUGUGCUAAGGGCUUUGCGCGCCAGUCCAAGCUCACCGAGCACCUGCGUGUGCACAGCGGUGAACGCCCUUUCCGCUGUCCGGAGUGUGACCGUGGCUUCCGUCUGAAGGGGCAGCUGGUCAGCCACCAGCGCCUGCACACGGGCGAGAGGCCUUUCCGGUGCCCGGAAUGCGACAAGUGCUACCGUGUGAAGGCCGACAUGAAGGCGCAUCAGCUGCUGCACCGCGGGAAGAUGCCCUUCUCCUGCGCCUGUGGCAAGGGCUUUGCCAAGCAGUCCAAGCUCACCGAGCAUGUCCGCACACACACCGGGGAGAAGCCCUUCCAGUGUCCCACCUGUGACAAGCGCUUCCGCUUGAAGGCGCAACUGCUCAGCCACCAAGGCCUGCACACUGGAGAGAGACCCUUCCGCUGCCCUGAGUGUGACAAGAACUUUCGAGAGAGGGGACACAUGCGGAGGCACCAGCGCAUCCACAGACCUGAGAGGCCCUUUGCGUGUGACGACUGCGGGAAGGGCUUCAUCUAUAAAUCUAAGCUGGCUGAGCACAUCAGGGUGCAUGCAAAGGCCUGUCCGGCUCCCAGUGAGUCUGACAUUAAGAAGAGGCUUAGCCAGCUGUUUGCCAUGAUUGAGGCUGACUGGAGCUGAGGCCGGCAGGACACCAGAGCCAGGAAUGGAACUGAUGUCCCCUGAAUCCACAGUUUCGAGGCCAGGGCCAAACCCAUCAUAGACAGUUGAGGAGCAGAGGUGUUUCCUUGGCAAGGGUGUAAUAUAAAUUAGGAAUGCAAGAAAUUAUUAGGGCAACUCUAUUGCCUAUCCUUUGAUUUUAAAAAAAACUAGAUUUGUAACAAAAACAAACAAACAAAAAACCCAGAUUUGUUCCUCCCAUCUUGGAUAGUUUUGACCCAAAUGCUAAGCUAGCUCAAAAAUGCCAGCUUGAAUUAAGACCAAAGGAAACUCCUCCAAUGCUAUUCUCAAAGCUGAAAGGAUAGGGCUGGCUAUUAAAUGUCAUUUUGGCUUAGCUUCUUUUCAGUGGAUGAUUCUAAACUGUGGAUUAAAUGCAGUGAAUUUUGUUUCCAGUCUGAAA